AUGAGCGGUGCGCCAUAUAGCGGCUUUCCGACUAUUCCUCCUCCUCAGUUUAGUACUUUCACUACUGUGAUUGAUCCGCCUCGACCACUUCCAGACUUCAUAUCGAAACCAAGUUUACAUGUUACUGCCACUGCUCCGGUCGCGGUUCCAUAUCCCGCAAUAGAUGCGCAAACCCGUCCUCUCGUCACAGAGAACUCUGGUGAAGUUAAGCCUAGUACAGUUCAAGGGUCAUUUGCAGUUCCGCAGAGGGAGCAUGUAGAAAAGAAUUCUACUCAUAUUGAUCAGUUGACUACCGCUCAAUACAUUCAACCUAAGAAAUCUCAUAAACUACCCCUGGCUCCGACAUCAUCAAAGGGAUACGUGGCCAAGCGAACUUUCAAGGUUAUUAUCGUAGGUGAUGCAGGAGUGGGUAAGACGUGCCUCUCUUUUCGAUUCUGUUGUGGCAGGUUUCCGGAACACACCGAAGCGACAAUAGGCGUGGAUUUUCGAGAACGAAGUUGUGUCAUAGAAAGAGAACUGCUUAAAGUACAACUAUGGGACACUGCUGGUCAAGAAAGAUACAGGCAUUCAAUUGUGGCACACUACUACCGAAACGUGAACGCUGUUGUUUUUGUCUACGAUGUAACGAGUCCAUCUUCUUUCGCUUCAUUACGUUCGUGGAUUGCUGAAUGUGAAAAGAAUGGCCUAACAGCCGAAUCCGAUGUCCCUCGAAUUCUGAUUGGUAACAAAUGCGAUCUGAAGUCUCUGGCGGCCUCACAACGUGUGGACACCGACGCCGCGCAGGUGUUUGCUGAUCGCAAUAAUAUGGCCCUUUUUGAAACGUCCGCCAAGGCUGAUUCGGAGGCAGAUCACGUGGAAUCUAUAUUUCUCACACUUCUGCAUAAACUGCAGCAGAGCAAACCUAUGCACGUGCAAAGCGAAGGGGAGCGACAGGCAAAGGAACAAGAACGAUUAGUACUGAAAGCCAGCGAGGCUAACACUCUCAACGAGGAAGGAUGGUGUUGUUAA